AGCUGCUUUGGAGUAGGCAGUCCACUGGAACACCCGAUCCUAUGUGCUGCGUUUGGGGAACGGAACCCUUUGGAGAAGCGCUGCGCUCAAGAACUUCACGCUGUAAAACAUGACGUGGACACGGUUAAAAGCAUAUACAUCCGCUCCAUAUCAGGGGUGGAUACCCGAAGCUGUUCUCGGAGGAUAGAAAUGAUGCCUGGAAGUCUUGGGCAUUAACAUUUCCCUGUAACUACGGGUAAACCGUCCAAGUUGUUUCUGGUCUUUUGCGCACUAAACCCGAAGCGCACUAAAAUGAAGUUUGGCAAAAGCGUUUGCAUCAUCAAUGUCGGAGGCACCAAGUACGCUCUUCCGAAAGACGUUAUCAAAGAUUUUCCCUUACGCCGUGUUAGUCGUCUUCACAACUGCUCGUCGGAGAGGGAAGUGCUUGAAGUCUGUGAUGACUAUGACCGGGAGAGGAACGAGUUCUUUUUUGACAGACACUCUGAGGCGUUCGGUUUUAUCAUGUUAUACGUGAAAUACGGCAAGCUGAGGUUUGUGCCCCAGAUGUGUGAACUUUCCUUCUACAAUGAAAUGGUCUACUGGGGCUUGGAAAGCUCGCACCUGGAGUUUUGCUGCCAGCGGCGACUGGAUGACCGCAUGUCAGACACCUACACGCACUUUCCCGAGGAGGACCACAAAGCUGAGGAUGACUUCAGGGGCGAGGAAGAGCCAGCGCGCCGGGCAGAUUCCAAGUGGCUAGAGAGAAUGCGCAGGACGUUUGAGGAGCCCACGUCCUCGGUGGCAGCGCAAAUUCUGGCCUCGGUGUCCAUGAUUUUUGUCAUUGUCUCUAUGGUUAUGCUUUGCGCGAGCACUUUACCGGACUGGAAAACAGCUGAGAGUAACGUCGUGGAAGAGCACAGGAUCAUCGAGGCCGUGUGCAUCGGCUGGUUCACUGCCGAGUGCAUCAUCCGCUUCCUGGUGUCGCGGGACAAGUGUGAGUUUGUGCGGCGGCCGCUCAACGUCAUCGACCUGCUGGCCAUCACGCCCUACUACAUCUCCGUGGCCAUGACGGUGCUGACCGGCGAGAACUCCCAGCUGCAACGGGCGGGCGUCACGCUGCGCGUCCUGCGCAUGAUGCGCAUCUUCUGGGUCAUCAAGCUGGCGCGCCACUUCCUGGGCCUGCAGACGCUGGGCCUGACGCUCCGCCGCUGCUACCGCGAGAUGGUCAUGCUGCUGGUGUUCAUCUGCGUGGCCAUGGCCAUCUUCAGCGCUCUGGCUCAGCUGCUGGAACACGGCCUGGACCUGGAGGCAGGCAACGAGGACUACGCCAGCAUCCCGGCGGCGUGCUGGUGGGUUAUUAUCUCCAUGACCACCGUGGGCUAUGGAGACAUGUACCCCAUCACCGUGCCGGGUCGCAUGCUGGGCGGCCUGUGCGUGGUGAGCGGCAUCGUGCUCCUGGCGCUGCCUAUCACCUUCAUCUACCACAGCUUCGUGCAGUGCUACCACGAGCUCAAGUUUCGCUCGGCGCGGGUCACGCGCAGUCUCUCCGCCGAGUUCAUCAACUGAAGGGGGACAGGACGUACAUGGAGGCGAGGCCGCAGCACCUGUGAAAUCUCCGAGAACAGAGUGGGUGUGGAGAUGGCAGCCAUCUCAAAAACCUCUCAGAGAAGAGAGGCCUUCCACAGUCACAUCACUCUCACCAACUUCUCUGGCCUUACUCUCCCCACCACAGAAAGUUCCAGAUGUUUCUGGACUUUAAAGCUUGUGCACACUAAAAGCUGUUAAAAGUGUGACAAGCAGGGGUGGAGUUUCUAGGCUUUCAUGUCCACUGAGAGCUCGUAGGAGGUCUGAAGGAGAACCCUUAAAGGCUUCAGAGAUCAGUGAUUUAGACAUUCAACCUCACACAAGGAGACUCUCAAGGCAAUCAAUUGUGUUAAUCAACCGACUAACCAACCACACACCUGGCACUCAUAUUGAAUUGCUGUUCAUCAGGGACAGCUCCUGUAUUCUGUAGAGUUCCUUAUGUACAGCAGCUCUGAUUGAGAGUUGUUUUUUUUAAUGAAGAGGGAAGGGGAUGGGAAGGGGUUGCUGUAAGUGAAUGUAUAGGGGUGCUUCUAUGGCAACCAGGGUUUUCUGGCUGGAUCCCCUUGACAAGCCACAAAUGUAGAGAGCAGCUUGUCUGUGUCCAAGAGGCCUUCAUAUCACUUUCUCAGCUACAGAGGAGCUGGCUGGCUUCUCGUCUAACUGCCUUAUGGACCUGUUCUUAUUUCCCUUUAAAAUCGAAAAAAAAAAACACAUGGCUUCGCACCAGGCAACAGGAUUACAGGGCCUGAAUGCAAUCUGAAAUGCCACUGAGCUGGCGAGCGCUGGCAGCAGCUGAACAGCGUGUGUGUGAUUUAGUUAUGUGUUCUCCUCCUCUCCCGUGCACUGUGGUAUUUGUAAAUGUGCUAAAAUGGAAGCAGAAUCCAACUCAUAUCAAGCGUUUGUGAAACCUGUAUGAAUGAUAGGUCUCGUUUCCCUCAGAUCUUUUUCUCUUUUGUUUGUGAGGGGAAUAGGUGUGGGGUGAGGGGGGUGGAGUCAGAGCAUUGAUCCAUAGAGUGAUGGGGCACAUUCUGAAUGAUUAAAAAAGCCUCAUAUGAACAGAAAAUCAGUGACUGAUGUUCAUUUGAACACUCUGACAUUGGCAUUACAGUCAGAGUGUUAGCAAUCAGCCAUAGGUGAUAAAUCAAAUCAAUUGUGUACACUAUCAUUUUCAUAAUCAGGCGGUUUGCCAACCGUUUUUGCAGCCAUUCAUCUUCUUACAUCCCUAUUAUUUUUAGAGCAUAUUUGUAGAAUUUCAUGAAAGCUAGACUUAAUGAUAGAUAGACUUAGAUGAGAGAAAGCGAGAGAGAGAGAGAGAGAGAGAGAGAGAGAGAGAGAGCAGUAGAGAGAGAGAGAGAGAGAUGUUCUGAGCAGGGCAGGCCAUGGAUUGGUAGUGUGUCAUGGAGGAAUCGGUGGUCUGGACGACGCUUCGCACUGCACAGAGGCUGAGCGACCCCUCUGUCGUCCACUUCCUGUCCGUCUGUCUGCUCUCCACCUCUGUAGCACUGCUGGCCUUCAGGCAAGAGGAGUGUCAGCUUUCAGGCCACUAAUGUCUAGUCCUCUUAAACUCAAAAGCUCAAUAAACAACAACUACUACAAUGAACAACGAUAGAGAAACACUUCACAUCACAGCCUUGAGCCGUGCUCCUCUUGAAGUUGUCGUCUGUGCCACCCUCUUCUCCUCGGCCCGCUGUCAUGUCCCAUUUGGAGUGGCCUGUAGCAUCCUGUCAGUAGACUCCAAGGCCCACAGACCAGCCAGAAGGUAGAGGCAGGGUGUCAGUUAUUGAUCCCAGGUCCACACAGACUGUAAGUUAUACCCGUGGAGUGAUUCUCCAUAUUGAUCAGUCACGCUGUAGAAAAGCACAGGCUCUCCUGCACCUCUAGAGCAGCCUGGGUCUUUGUCGUUUGUUUUUGUUCUCCAUUUUCUUUGUAUGGUCUUUGUGGUCAGCUUGAUUAUGAUUCCUAAGAAAGGUCAUUCCUCAUGCUAACUGCCAUACAGGAUGUAGAAAAAGAGAGAGAACUGUCUGACAUUCACCUUUUCAUUCCGCUGUAGUUAUUCAGUGCUAUAGAUUGCUUUUUGGAAAUGUUCUGAAUGUCUGUUGAAAAGCAGUGCGUACACUUCCAGUAUCUGUCACGGGCAGACUUGCCUUUCCCUUUAAUAAGUGGUGCACUAUUUCAGCAGCGUCAGUGUUUGAGUUCACCUGGUUGUUUUUUUUCCAUUGAUCAGUCUGGUCAGGUCUGUCCAUGAAGUCUUUCACUUGGCCUCUUGCCCAUAGUCAUUAGGUCAAAUGGGGGUAUUGGUUGUGUUAAAUAUUUAUGGGUUUGCAACAAGCCUAAGAUCCAAGUCACACUUGCCUGUGCCCUGAAUGAAUCCAAAUAAUGGUUGUUCUCUAUAAAGGUGACUUUCACUGUCAAAUUAGAUGGGUUAAUGUUUCAUUUUAUUGGUCACAGUACCUGGAAAUUGGUUGCAUUGAAAUAAACUCUGGUUUGGGUUUGUUACAGCUUGCAAAUAUAUGCCAUUGAUAUUUCCACUUCCAUAAAUGUAUUGGAGGUUAUUUUUUCCUUUCCUGUAAAAAUAUCACAGCACCCAGAUCCCCAACCAUAAACACACACACACACACACACACACACACACACACACACACCUACACAAUCACCACUCUUUAAAUAUUGCAAUUAGUGUUAUCACAAUGGAAUUCACAAAGGAAUAACAUCCUUAUUCAGCCAAGGCUACAGUAUGUCUCACAUUUUGAGCUUGUAACAGCUUCAUAAAUCUUGAUCAGACAGUGAUCUCCCAAGCUUCUCUUUAUAAGCCUUCUGGAAAUCAUCAAAGACACACACACAAACACGUGCACACACAAACAAACAUUCAUAAAGAAGCACAAAAAGGUCAUGCAUUCUAUCUUCACUAAUGAGCACCUAUAUCCAAGCACUUCUUUGGUUCCAUUUCAGUAAGUGUUCAACAUAGCCAUGAGACAUACAAUACCUUUAGCUGGGGUUGGGGGACAGUGGUUGGGGGAGCACUAAUGAAACCCUUUCAGCUCCAUCCCACAAAGUGAGCACUUCAUUGCAUCACAAAAUGUAAUAUUGUAAAAUUAGAUGGCCAUUUGUGCAGCAUAUGGGUGUCUGAUGUUACUUGUUGCUAUGUUCUGUUCAAAUCUCAGCUGCAGCCUCUAAUGUGUCAGCUGUUCUUGUGCGUCCAAGAACUGGAGUGUAAUUGUUACCACUGGUACAAGAGUUAGAUACGUCUCUUUGGCUUCAUCAGGCGUUCGCUGAGUUUGAUCAAGCUACAAUAUUCCACUUUGUGACUCUCUGAAGCAGAAGUUAAAAAUCAAAUUACAAAAGAUAACCAAUUGCUGUCAGCUUUGCAAAAUUGGUAUCGGUAAGCAAUGUUGGAUAAAAGGAGUAAAAAAGGUAGAAUUUCGGGGAUGUUGGCUAUCAUCAAGUGGAAGUGCUAUAUCUUAUCAAUUUAUUUGACAGAUUAUUUUUUACACCGCCAAAUAAGCAAUGGAUUCAUUUGGGUCAUUAUCUCAAAAUGGUCAUGGUAAUUCUUUCUUGCUAAAUAGGUAAUUUGUUUUCUCCAAUGAGCUAUGACGAUAUUAUCAGCUCUGAUAUGUCACACUAGCUUUUUCCAGAUCAGGCUUUAGGCUGGAUCCUGUUCUGGGUUCCGUGGUCUAUAGCCUGGGCAUCUUUGUAAGUUUUAUGAAUGUCAUACUGCAAAAAAGCACACAGACCAUGCUUCAGUAGACACAGAAUGUGAGCUCUAUCUCUGUAGUGAAGUGUAACUGCAGAUUUUACAAAGCCUGACUUGAACUGUAUGUAAUGUCAAUGCUUUCUCCCAUUUGAAUAGAUCUAUUUUGAAGUAGAAAUAAUGUAUUUAACUUAU